CGUGUCCAGAGUGCGAUAUCUAAACGCUCAUUUACAACGCUGUCCAUCGUCCCCGGCACCACGUGCGGACGCGUUAAUUGGCUUCGUUGAUUGAUUACGAGGAGGAGGGAGGAGGAGAGAGGAGGGGGCAACGCGUGACAGCACCAUGGCUGAGGGUGCCGCUGCCGUUGAUGAACCAAAAGAUGGAUGGCACAGCGACUGCGUGCUGGAGCCGCUGAAUCUUCCGGAGAGUCCGGCGGGCGCGGCGCGGGAGGAUGGAGAGGCUGGCGGGGCCGGGGCGUCCGUGCCGUGCGCCCUGUGCGACCACACCGAGACGGACGGCCCCGGCGUCUUGCGACACAUGCUGCUGCACCACGACCUGGUGGUGGCCGACGUGAAGCUCGUGGCCGACCUCCCACGAUACCUUCUAUACUGGAAAAAGAGAUUUAAAGAAAAACCAAUUAGUGAGUUUUGCAGCGUCAUAAGAACAAACACCCAAGCGGCUCCAGGCGACCAAGAAGAUUUCCACUUGCUCUGUGACGCCCUUCCUGAAGACCGUCAGCUCAGAGAAACACUGCAACAGAAACGACUGACCGAGGUGCUGGAACAGCAGCAGAGAGAACGCACGGACUGCACCGUUUCCCGAGAUUGCCUCUUCUGUAACGAGCACUUUUCUGGCAACAGGUCGCUGCUGCUUAACCACAUGGCGCGGGAACACGCUUUCAGCAUUGGCCUGCCCGACAACCUGGUGUACUGCUCCGAAUUUCUAGACCUCCUGCAGAGCAAAUUAGACAGUCUGUGCUGCCUUUACUGCGGAAAAACCUUUCGAGACAAGAACACAUUGAAGGAUCACAUGCGCAAGAAGCAGCACCGAAGGAUAAAUGGAAAAAACACAGAGUUCGACCGCUUCUAUGUCAUAAACUACCUGGAAUUUGGAAAGAAAUGGGAGGAGGUUCUUUCUGAGGACGCGACGAGAGAUGACGCGACUGACGAGGCGAAUGACGACGAUGACUGGUCCGACUGGAAGGAACACCCAGUGUGCGCCGUUUGCCUGUUCUGUGACCACAUGACCGAUACCACGGACAGCCUCCAUCAACACAUGCAGGAGCACCAUGGGUUCGACCUUCCCACGGUGAGAACCUCGCUGGGCCUGCGCUUCUACCAGCAGGUGAAGCUCGUCAACUUCAUCCGGAGGCAGGUGCACAUGCUGCGCUGCUACGGCUGCGGGCAACGCUGCUCCUCGCGGGAGCAACUCCUGGAGCACAUGGCGGACGUGGGUCACAUGGCCACGCUGCCCGAUCGCGGCGAGUGGGACCAGCCCCAGUACUACUUCCCGACGUACGAGAACGACACCUUGCUGUGCGGGCUGCCGGACAGUGAGGACGACGACGACGACGGCGAUGAGAGGGGAGGUCCGGGCGACGUGCCAGUCAUCGCUGAGGACAGGCCGAGCCCUGGAAGCGUGCGCAAGUGCAGCGUGCUCAACCAGCUCCUACGCAGUGCCGGCACUGCCGACGACUACUCGUAACCAGGGCUUCAUUUCAACCAGGGGGGGCUGUCUGGUUCACUAAAUAUUCAACCCAGAAAUUAUUUCCACAAACCUGGCAACACCGUAUCCAAUGUACGUACCCUUUCGCUCGAGCUGAUCAUCGCGUGCAAACCUGCCAGCCACUCCGAAAAUACUUGGUGACAAAUUAAGCCCAGCUUGUGACACACCAGCCAAUUCCCCCCGAAUCAUAGCAAGUGAACCGCAGUAGCAAAAAGUGCAAUUGCAUAACUGUGGCAGGCGACCAUCAAGCAAAGUGUUUAUUUCUGGUAAACCUGAACUAGAAACGAGCGAUUUUUGAAACUAUUUUGUUGAUGUAAGUGGAAGAUGAGCAAUUUGGCUCUAAUAGUGCACUUCAGCUGAAAUGAUGCGAGGCAAAUUUCAGUGUCUGUAAUUCUGACAAUAAACAUGUGGCCUUGCAGUGGCAACUGAAGCUCUAACUUCACACUGUCUUA